CAAAAUGGCGGCAGCCAGCGAACGCGUUCGUAGCGUCUUUAUUUCCUCAUACGUCACUUCCCAUCAGUCAAGCUCCAAAACAUGGCGUUGCUUCUAAGGACGGUGGCCCGGCAGGGUCUGUAUUCAUCACGGUUGCAGUUUGGCGUAGUCUACAGACAUGCUGUUCCUAUGGCAACCACAGCUAAAGAAGAAUUGAACAACUAUUUGGCAAAAAACACACGACUCAACCGGCCUGUUUCACCCCAUGUAAGCAUCUACAGGUGGUCUGUCCCUAUGAUGAUGUCAAUCUCACAUAGAGGCACAGGAGUGGCACUUAGCAGUGGUAUCUCUGCGUUUGCAAUCGCUGCAUUGGUGUUACCCGAAAGUUACCCAUAUUACCUUGAUCUGAUCCACUCCAUGUCCUUCGGGCCCCAGUUUCUUGCUUUCAGCAAAUUUGCUCUGGCCUUCCCAGUGGCUUACCACAGUUUUAAUGGCGUCCGUCAUUUGAUAUGGGAUUUUGGAAAGGGGUUUAAGAUACCGCAAGUCUAUGGUUCUGGAUACACUGUCAUCGCUUUGACCAUUCUCACAUCAGUUGCUCUUGCUGCCAUGUAAACACAUGGAUGUGAGAUGACUGGGUGAGAUGCAGAAAUGAAGAAGACAAAGUGUUAUUCUUUUGUAUGUUUGUCAUGGAUGUGGCCUGUAUGAAUUAAAUUCAUUAAUAUAAUAAAUGCGAAAUUGUA